AAUGAUUGCGUAACCAUUGAAGUAAUGCACUCAUAGACUGAAGUGAAUGAAAAUCUCCAUUCAGUCACUCAAUACAAUCAAAGCCUUUGUAAACAAACAUUGGUUGAUAGGCUGAAUGGCUGGAAGCGCUGAUGACCAUAGUCUUUGGCUCAAAAUCAAUGGAGUGGUCACUCGAGUGGUGCGCUUUGGUUUCAAAGAAGAGAUCCGCGCGUUGAGGUCACCCAUAGUGUUGAUGAUAUCAGGAAAUCCUGGAGAAGUGGCCUAUUAUAGUGAUCUGUUAUAUGAAGUACACUGCAAGACAGGACUGCCAGUGUUAGGUGUGUCCCACGCCGGACACAAUGUGCCCCCAAAGGGUCAUUCUCUGCCCGCCAUCGCAGACAACGAGGACUUGUAUUCACUGAACGGACAAAUAUUUCAUAAGAAGUGUUUUAUUGAAGAGUAUAUCUCUCGUGAAUCAAAGCUUGUAUUGAUUGGACACUCAAUUGGAUGUUAUAUUGUCUUAGAAUUACUGAAUCGAUACGACAGUAUUCGGUCACAAGUCUUACAUUCAAUUCUCAUUUUCCCAACCAUUGAGUCCAUGGGAGACACUUCUGAAGCACUUAAGUAUAAGUUCUUAUUUGGAUGGUUUAAAUAUCCUCUCUUGGGAUUAAGUUAUAUUUUGGACCAAUUGAGAGAUGAUUACAAACAAAAAUUGGUGGCAUUUAUGCUGAGAAUGGGUGGUGAGAAGGAUGUUCCUCAAUGUGUACUCACUUCGGCUACUAAUCUCUUGCAUCCAAACUGUUUGCGGGCUUUGAUUCACAUGAGUCUCAUUGAGUUCAAAACGGUUAAUCAAUUGAAUAGAGAAGCGAUUGAGAGGAACGAACAGAAGUUGACAUUUCUUUAUGGAGACUGUGAUCAGUGGUGUCCACUCGAGUACUACCGGCGCAUUCACCUCUUGUAUCCCAAUUGUGAUAUAAGACUUUGUCUCAAACACAUGAACCACGCGUUUGUCAUGAAUAGAGAGUCCACUUCCAAAGUGGAAAGACACGCGCCCGCCAAGGCGUACUGGGCGCGUGCCCAGGGCAUGCCCAGCGUAUUCGAGACGUGCCCGCCCGCCCAGUUUUAA